UCGGCGACUCCGGCCAGAACCCCAUAAUCCGCCAUGGAAAAGUACGCAGUUUCGGUGGCUCAAAUUGGUGAAAACCCUUCGCCGAUCACAAGGUCGCAGUGGAAAAGGAGUCGAAUUGAAUUGACCGGAAAAUCUGUACGCAAUUACCAUCACGACGUCUCACCGCUGCUAAUGCAAUCGUAUUCCGAGAUUGGGGCAUUCCGUCACACGUAUCAUAUCGAUGGACUACCUUGUAAAACGCAUAUCACAAGCGUCUAUUCCUUUUCAUUUUCCUUGAUCAAUGUGACCACCAUUGGGUACUCAUCAGACACCUCCAGCAAUAGACUGAUGGGCGUCUCUGCUUUGGAAUUUGACACAAAGGGAAUCUAUUUGGCAUCAGGGACAAGAACAGGGUGCUUAACAGUGCAUGACUUUGAAUCUCUAUACUGUCAGAGUAAUGAAUCUGUAUUACGCCCACAGGAAGAUGAGGGCAAACACUUGCUGCACAUUUCUUUAUCUAAUUGUAUAGAUGUUGUCCGCUGGAAUCCAACUAACCAGGAUGAGGUUGCAUGUUCAUCUCUUUGCAAUGAUGAAGUUCGCAUCUUUGACAUUGGGUAUAUUUCUUCAGAACCGACCGAGAUUUUAAGAAAGAGGCCUACUGUCACUGUUCAUGGUGGUAGUGCGCGCAAAGGUUUAUCUGAUAUAGCCUUCCUUGAUGAUAACUCAAGGGUACUUGCUUCCGAUGCGUGUGGAGCCAUAAGCAUCUGGGACAGAAGAGCGAGCCACCUUCCACAAACUGGGCUUGCAACUAAUGCAAAUAGCAGCCUUACCAGCAUCCAACUAAAUGGAGAUCAAUGUGUGUAUGGUGCUAGUAAGAGUGGCUUUAUAUAUAUAUGGGAUCUACGUGGUGGAAGAUCAUCAGCUGCUUUUCAAAGUCACAAUAAGGUACACUCUUCUCCGGUAACAUCAGUAAAGUUGGCAUCCAUGCUGAAUAAGAUCGAGCUUCUAAAGGCACAGUCAAAUAUUCUACCAAAGGAAAUACAAUCAAUCGACAUUAAUCCAUCUUGUCCAUAUCAACUGGGCUUUCAUCUUGAUGAUGGUUGGUCUGGUGUUCUGGAUAUGCAUAAUUUCCAAGUGACACAUAUCCAUUGUCCUCCCCCUCCUUGGCUGGAUGAAACAGAUGAUGAGAUCCCUAUAUUUUCCUCGAGAAAACCAUCAUGGCUACCUAAAGACUCGAUCUAUGCAGUUGGGUCAUCUUCAAAGAAUGGGAUUCACCUAUUGGAUUUUUAUCCACACACCAGCUCCCCAUGCCAUGUAGACCAUGAUGAGUUGGAGAAUGCCCAAGGCAGUUCUCAGCGUAAGCAAAACAAAUUUGUACCAUUGUCGGAACGUGUUACUGCCUGCACCACACAUCCCCUGAAUGGCACCAUUGUUGCUGGAACCCUGGGAGCAUCUUUACUGAUGAUUUCUCAAAAACAUAUUUCAUACAAGAAUGAAGAUGAUGUUGAUGCUGCUGAGAGUUAAAAUAGAGGAAUGAUAACGUUUUGAAGUAAAUAAAAAUGUUUUCCUUGUUUAAAUGGUUGAGAAUUUCUUAGAAUAAUCUAGUAAUCUGGAUGCCUCAUAGUUAGAAAGUGAAAAUGGAGGUCCUGUGAGAAUAAGAGUUAAAGAUGAGAAGCUUAAGAAGGGAUCUGGACCUUUGAUCACUUUUAAUCUCACAUCCAUCCCAUAAAUUGCGCUUAUCACGGGAAUGGAUCCGGUGUAUCUUGCAUUGUAUUAGUGUUGAUCUUCAAUGAGAUUGAUCAAAGGGUGAAGCUCCCUUCUUACCUUUCAAACCAUAACUUCCAUUCUCUGUAGAAUCCAACUCUAAAAGUGAAAUGCUUCGUAUUUAGGAUAUAUAGAAUGAAUAAUGUAUUGUA